CGUACAGACUCAGCAGUAAGAAGAAAACCUAUGGUGUACUGGGUCUCGUGUGGAUUUGGACAGAGUAUACAAAGAGUAUAUCAUUCUUGUCACCGUGGAGAAGACUAUUUGGAAGACACUGGAGCAUUUCUGAAGAGGUUUGUUGCAUCAUUUCAGCAAAAAUGAUCCACAUUGGAUGUAUUUAACCUCAAAGGAGUAUUUAUACCUGAGGCGCCUCUCUGCUCUGGGAAAUCUAAAGAAUUGAUCCAGCUAAUUAAGACAAAGGAUCAGUUUAAGAAAAGUGCUGUUUUUGCACUUAAUCCACCAGGGAUUCUACAGGUUUUUCCCAUAAGCCAAGUUGCAAGCAUGACCACCAUGCAGAGGCUGCUGCAGCUGCCGGUCAACGCAGUGAACAUUGUGAAGACGGUGCAGAGUCAGGUCCAGGGCCAGGAGGAGGACAAGAGCCCCGUGCUGACCCCUGACAACGCACAGCAUUCCUGGUACAGCGCCCUGCAACCUGACGAGCUGCGACACCUCCGAUCUGGAGGUUCAGGUGGUGGAGGAGGAGGGGGAGACCACGAGGAACGAGCACCACUGGAAGACGGUAGUGGAGGUGGCAGUUUCCAGAGUCAACCUUUGCGACACGACGACUUGAAGGAGAUGCUGGACAGCAACAAAGACUCCCUGAAGCUGGAGGCAAUGAAGCGGAUUGUAGCUAUGAUUGCCCGGGGUAAAAAUGCAUCAGAUCUCUUCCCUGCUGUGGUGAAAAAUGUGGCGUGUAAGAACAUUGAGGUGAAGAAGCUGGUCUACGUUUACCUGGUGCGUUAUGCCGAGGAGCAGCAGGAUCUGGCUCUGCUGUCCAUUUCAACAUUUCAGCGAGGGUUGAAGGAUCCAAACCAGCUGAUCAGAGCCAGCGCUCUGCGAGUUCUCUCCAGCAUCAGAGUGACGAUCAUCGUGCCCAUCAUGAUGUUGGCCAUCAAAGAGGCGGCCUCCGAUAUGUCCCCAUACGUCAGAAAGACAGCUGCUCACGCCAUCCCUAAACUGUACAGUUUGGAUCCAGAACAGAAGGACCAGCUGAUUGAAGUCAUAGAGAAACUCCUCGCUGACAAAACCACGCUGGUGGCAGGAAGCGUUGUCAUGGCUUUUGAGGAGGUUUGUCCGGAGCGCAUCGACCUGAUCCACAAGAACUACAGGAAGUUGUGUAACCUCCUGAUUGACGUGGAGGAGUGGGGGCAGGUCGUCAUCAUCAACAUGCUGACCCGCUACGCCAGGACCCAGUUCUUAAACCCAAACAUGAAUGAGUCUCUGCUGGAGGAGGGCAGCGGCGGAGACAAGACCUUCUACGGCUCGGACGAAGAUGAGGACGAUGACGAGGAGGAGAAAGAUAAGAAGGAAGAGGCUCAUGCCAUGGCCAAGAGGAAGCCGUACGUGAUGGAUCCAGACCACCGGCUGCUGCUUAGGAACACCAAGCCGCUCCUGCAGAGCCGCAAUGCUGCUGUGGUGAUGGCUGUGGCUCAGCUGUAUUUUCAUCUUGCCCCAAAAGCAGAGGUUGGGGUGAUUGCCAAGGCCCUGGUCCGUCUCCUGAGGAGCCACAGUGAAGUCCAGUAUGUUGUUCUUCAAAACGUGGCAACAAUGACCAUUAAGAGACGGGGGAUGUUUGAACCGUACCUGAAGAGUUUCUACAUCCGCUCCACGGACCCAACUCAGAUAAAAGUCCUCAAGCUGGAGGUCCUCACCAAUCUGGCCAACGAGACAAACAUUUCCACCAUCCUCAGAGAGUUUCAGACAUACAUUAAGAGCAUGGAUAAAGACUUUGUGGCCGCAACAAUCCAAGCAAUUGGCCGCUGUGCUACCAACAUCGGCGAGGUCAGAGACACAUGUCUGAACGGCCUGGUGCAGCUGCUGUCUAAUCGAGAUGAGUUGGUUGUAGCUGAGUCAGUGGUGGUUAUUAAGAAGCUGCUGCAGAUGCAGCCGGAGAAGCACAGCGACAUCAUAAAGCACAUGGCCAAACUAACGGACAACAUCCAGGUGCCGAUGGCGCGGGCCAGCAUCCUGUGGCUGAUUGGAGAAUACUGUGAACAUGUACCCAAGAUCGCCCCAGACGUCCUGAGGAAGAUGGCAAAGUCAUUCACCAAUGAAGAGGACAUCGUCAAGCUGCAGAUCAUAAAUUUGGCUGCCAAGCUUUAUUUAACCAACUCGAAACAGACUAAACUGUUGACGCAGUACGUUCUCAACUUGGCCAAGUAUGACCAGAACUACGACAUCCGUGAUCGGGCUCGCUUCAUCCGCCAGCUCAUUGUCCCGACAGAGAAGAGUGGAGCGCUCAGCAAGUACGCUAAGAAACUGUUCCUCGCCCUCAAACCUGCACCAGUGCUCGAGUCUCCAUUUAAAGAUCGAGACCACUUCCAGUUGGGGUCAUUGUCCCACUUGCUGAAUGCCAAGGCUGGCGGCUACCAGGAGUUGCCUGACUGGCCUGAAGCCGCCCCAGACCCCUCCGUGCGCAACGUGGAGGUUUUUACGCUGCUUGAAAGAGUCACAACCUUAACGAGUGUGCCUGAAUGGACCAAAUGCAGCAGCCGUGAGAAGAGGAAGGAGAAGAAGGUGGAGAAGCCGUUCUACUCAGACUCAGAGGGCGAGUCGGGGCCAACUGAGUCGGCUGACAGCGAGUCAGACUCGGCCAGCGGCUCGGAAAGUGGCAGCGGCAGCGAGGAGAGCGGUUCUGGAUCAGAGAGCGAAGAAAGCGAGGAGGGCUCUGAGUCUGAGGAGGAGGAGGAGGAGGAAGAUGAGGAUGAAAAGGACAAGAAGAAGAAGAAAAAGCAAGAAUUAAAGAAGCCGGUGCAAGAGAGCGAAAGUGAGCAGAGCAGCGAAGAAGAGAGGAAGCACCAGAGGAAGAUGAAACAAUGCAAGAGCGACACAGAGUCUGAAUCUGAGGAGGAGGACAGCGAGUCUGAGAGCAGCCAUUCCGAGUCUGAAGACUCUGAGUCUGAGGUGGAAGUCAAAAAGAAAAAAAAGGCAGCUGAAUCUAAACCUCCUUCGAAGCCUGUCAAGAAAGAAAGCAAGAAGGAGAAGAAAGAAAUGUCUCUGCUUGACCUUGAUGAUUUUGAACCCACUCCAUCUCCUCAAGUCACACCCGUCAACACCUUCCUCUCUAACAGCCUUGUGACCGACCUGGAGGGAUUAUCUUUGUCUGACGCCGUUCUCUCGCCUGCAACCAUCGCUCCCUCCAGUGCACUGAAGAGCUACGAGCUGCUGCACCGGAUCACAGGGGAGGGUCUGUCAGUGGAGUACUGCUUCAGUCGGCAGCCGUUCAGCCCCGACGCCAACAUGGUGGCGGUGCAGAUGCAGUUCACCAACAACGCCACCUCUGAAACCAAGAACCUGCACAUGGAGGACGUGAAGCUCCAGUCCGGGAUGAGGGUCAAAGAGUUUCCUGAGAUUGAGCUGCUGCCAGCAGGAGAGACGGCCACAGCUGUGAUGGGCAUCGAUUUCUGCGACUCAACACAAGCAGCAAACUUCCAGCUGUGCACUCACACCAGGAAAUUCUUCGUGUCGAUUCAGCCGCCCGUCGGGGAGCUGAUGAGGCCCGUCUUCCUGACUGAGAAUGAGUUUAAAAAAGAGCAAGGUCAGCUGAUGGGUAUGAAUGAAAUCACGGAGAAGCUAACCCUGGACGUGAAGUGUCGGAACGAGCACGCCAUCGUCCAGAGGGUCACCACCGCCGCCAACCUCAGCAGAGUGCCCUGUGGUUCUGACAAAGAGUGCAGGUUCGCUGGCAGGACGGUGAACAGCAGCAGCUUGGUGCUGGUCACCGUGGCGACCAAAGAGGAAGGAGCGGCCCAGCUGACAGUCAACUGUGAGAAAAUGGUGAUCGGCACCAUGCUGGUGAAGGACAUCCUGCUGGCUCUGACGCAGUGACCUCACCGCCCCUUCAUCCCGACACGCCUUCCACGUAUCGUCCAUCACACCUGUAGCAACUCCUCCCAACUCCUCUGACCAACCAGUGAGGGAAGUUUCCCGAAUGUUUAAGUCCAGUUUGUUGUUUUUUUUGUUCAAGAGCCCUCGACUUUUAGGAACAACUCUGAUAUUCACUGAAUGCCACAGCUGUAGUUUAUAUUGUUGACAAUCAGACGUGACUGAUAUUUGACGUGAUACAACCUCCUCCUUUAUUUACAUUUUUAGAGUUUUAGUAUUUUCAACAUCUUUUCCUUUGUUUCAUCUGAUUUAUUUAAGUCUAGAUAAUAACUGAACAAUACCAUGGAUUUGCACAUCUUUUGAGACUUCCACCCUCGACUUUCUUUUCAAAAGCUUAAACAUUUUUUCAUUUCAACUCAAUUUUGCGGCCUUUAUCAGCACACAGAGUACUUGAAGUUAGGAAGUGUUUUUAAGUUGCAUGUUUCAACAAAAUAGUGCAGCAGCAGGUGAUGAACAUAAGAAAUAGAGAGGUGUUAAGAUCAGAAGAAUUACUACUUUUGCUGUCUCUCACUUGGACAAUAAAUGUCAAGAUAAAUUAACUAACAGUUGAAAAGAUAAAAACAAAAUAAAUAAGUGUAAAAAUAAAACUUAAUGCUCACUUACUCCAUGUGCUUAUGAAGGCUAUGAGAUGCAGUUUUUGCUUUUAUGCUUCAAAAUGAGGUUUCCAAGUAGGAAAAUGUUUUCCUUUUAAAAGAUGGAUGCAUACAUUUUUCAGUAAUUCUAAUUUUAUGCUUUUUACUUACAUGUAUUUAUACAUGUAGAUGAUCAAAGUAAGGCUUUGUAUAGAUUAGGUAAACAGUCCCUGAAAAAAACAAACCAACGUCACCACAACGAAGGCAAAGUAGACUUUAAGAUCAGUAUAGUCGAUUCUCAUCCAAUCAUUUGAAGUCAUCAGAGUACCUCAACGUAGCAUGAAGGCUCAACUAAAAAAACAAAAACAAUGACCUAUAAACUCAGUCAUUUCAUUCUGGCUCUAAAUAUCUUCAUGAUCAAUAACGGAACAAUCCUAGGAGUCAAAUGUUGAUGUUUCCUAUCUGUCAUCGUGCUCAUGCUCAUUCUUACAAGUGAAGCAUUUAUAAAAGAUUGAAGAUGUGUAAAUGUUAUUGUAUGUACUGCGUCAUGUAGUACAGUAUCCUAUAAGUAGGGUGUGUGUGAGCGUGUGUGUGUGUGUGUGUGUGUGUGUGUGCAUGAUGACACUGAAAAUCAACCUAGUAAACAUUAACUAUCAGUUUUGACUCGAUAUCGUCAUGAAAGGAGUCAUAACCAUCAGUCCACUGGACAAGAAGUGAGAAGUUAUUUGUCUCUGGUGACAGCUUAAAUAAGAUCUAUCUAUAAUUAACCCAGCUUAUAUUUAAUUGGAAUUUUGUUUCUGACCGACCAACCCACAAAUGUGAUUGAGCUGCUGUGCAAAAUGUAGAAGACAGAUGAAAGAAACACAACAUCUAAGGCCUCAACUAACAAAAUUACUUAUUUAAAUAGAAAAUAAAAAAAAAUCUUGCUUA